AAAGUGAUGCUUAAUGAUGAAGGAUUUGAGUAGGGGAUUCGGUUUUGUGUGAUGGACUUUGAAAGCUAAGGAAACGUCAAGUAACAGAGAGAAGAAAAAGAAAUGGCAGAGAGUGCUGUGAACUUGUUAAUACAAUACUUUGGGCCUUUGCUAGUGAAUGAAGUGCAGUCGUUGAAGGGGGUCCGCGGAGAAGUCCGUGAACUCAUAAAUGAGUUUGAAAGCAUCAGAUCCGUCUUAAGGGAUGCCGAUGCAAAACAAGAUACCGAUGAAGGCCUCAAGACAUGGGUGAAACAAAUAAGAGAAGUGGCUUAUGACAUUGAGGAUGUUCUCGAUGAGUUCAUGCUCAGCCAAGCACAACAGCAGCAGGGUGCUUGGGGAUGCAUCAAUUUUCUUCAUAUACUCAUCAAGCAGUUUAUGGUGCGCCAUAAGACUGCAUCAUCGAUACGAGAUAUCAAAACCCGAGUCAGUAAGAUUAAAGAAAGAAAAGAUGCUUACUCUCUGGAUAGUAUAGGGCAAACUUCAAGCUCCAAAAAAAUGAGUGAUCAAUGGUAUGAUCUGCGACUGAAAGCUCUUUUCAUUGAGGAAGCUGAUCUUGUGGGCAUCGAUGUGCCAAGGAGUCAAUUGAUUGAAUGGUUGGUCGAUGAAGAUUCAAGACUUUUGAUGAUUUCAGUGGUCGGGAUGGGUGGCCUUGGCAAGACCACUCUGGUAAAGAAAGUCUAUGAUAACCAACAGGUGAAGAAAUGUUUUGAAACAUAUGCUUGGAUCACUGUCUCACAAUCAUUCAAAGCGGAGGAACUGCUUCGAAGCAUGGUAAAGCAAUUCUUUGAGGAGAAGAAAGAUCCAUCUCCCCAAGGUUUAGACGUGAUGACACAGGUCGAGCUCAUACAAGUGCUACGGAGCUACUUGCAGAACAAAAGGUAUGUACUUGUUCUUGAUGAUGUAUGGGAGGCAGACGUAUGGAAUUUCAUAGGCAAUGCAUUGCCCAAUAACGAAAAUGGUAGCAGGGUAAUGAUCACUACACGCAAAGGUGAUGUCGCAUCAUCUUCUUGCAUCGGACCUUCUGAUCUCAUCUACAAUCUCCAACCUCUGCAUCCAACAGAGGCUUGGUCCCUCUUUUGCAAGAAGGCAUUCCACUCGCACAAUGAGAAUAGAUGCCCUCUUGGAUUGGAGAAGCUUUCAGAAAGCUUUGUAGAUAAAUGCGGAGCGCUUGCAAUUGUGACAUUAGGUAGUCUUCUAUCCAGCAAGACGAAUGACGAGUGGGAGAUGAUUCACCGUAGCCUCGGAUCGGAGUUUGAAAGCGAUGACAAUCUUAGAAGAAUGAUGAAAAUAUUAUUGCUCAGUUUCAAUGACUUGCCUUACUACCUGAAAUCAUGCUUCUUGUAUUUGAGUAUUUUCCCCGAGGACUAUCGGAUUAAGCGUAUGAAACUAAUUCGCCUAUGGAUAGCCGAGGGCUUUGUAGAAAGAAAAGUAGGCAGGACAAAGGAAGAGGUUGCUGAAGGUUACCUCAAUGAGCUCAUCGCUAGAAAUCUGGUUCACGUGCAUGAAUGGAAAUUAUAUGGGAAGGCGGUCACUUGUCGCAUCCAUGAUCUUGUGCGAGAGAUGUUUAUUCCAAAAUUCAGGGAGGAGCAUUUCUUUGCAUCUUCUGUUGAAGAGAACACAAUGCCUUGUAACAGAAUCCGGCGUCUGUCCAUUUAUAAAGAUGAGAAUUUUCCAAAAUUUGAUGCCUUCUCCUGCCUUCGCUCGUUGUUCAUUUUUGGUGUGGAAGGACUAUCUAAUGCCCCUGCAAUCACUCGAUUUUCCAACUUAAGGUUGUUGAGGGUGGUGGAUCUUGAAAACACGUUCAUGGAAAUCUUUCCUGAUGAUCUAACAGGCUUGUUGCAUUUGAGAUACUUAAGCUUGGAGAAUACAAAGAUCAAGAAGCUUCCUAGUUCGUUGGGAAGCUAA